GGCGGGUCCGCGGGACCCGGAAGUAAUUAGGGAGCUGGGCCGGGAAGUCGAAAUCUGGAUUGUUUGCCAUCGUUUCUCCGCGCUCUCUGGUUCUAGCGCCGCCGCCGCCGCCGCCGCCGCCAUGGGGAAGCGGCAGCAUCAGAAGGACAAGAUGUACAUUACCUGUGCCGAAUACACUCACUUCUAUGGUGGCAAGAAACCAGAUAUCCCACAAGCAAAUUUUCGUCGUUUACCUUUCGAUCACUGCAGUCUCUCUCUGCAGCCAUUCGUCUACCCAGUCUGCACCCCUGAAGGCGUCGUCUUUGACUUGCUUAACAUUGUCCCUUGGCUUAAGAAGUAUGGGACCAACCCCAGCAAUGGAGAGAAACUGGAUGGGAGGUCCCUGAUCAAGCUGAACUUUGCAAAGAAUAAGGAAGGAAAGUACCACUGCCCGGUGCUGUUCACCGUGUUCACCAACAACACCCACAUUGUCGCUGUCAGGACCACUGGCAACGUCUACACCCAUGAGGCAGUGGAGCAGCUAAAUAUCAAGGCCAAGAACUUCCGAGACCUGCUGACGGACGAGCCCUUCUCUCGGCAGGACAUCAUCACCCUCCAGGACCCCACCAAUUUGGACAAAUUCAAUGUCUCCAAUUUUUUUCAUGUGAAGAAUAACAUAAAAAUAACAGAUCCUGAUGAAGAAAAGGCCAAACAGGACCCAUCUUAUUAUUUGAAAAAUACAAAUGCCGAGACCCGCGAGACACUGCAAGAGCUCUACAAGGAGUUCAAAGGGGACGAGGUCUUGGCGGCCACCAUGAAGGUCCCCGAGAAGAAGAAAGUGGACAAGCUGAAUGCUGCACACUAUUCCACCGGGAAGGUCAGCGCCUCCUUCACCUCCACUGCCAUGGUUCCGGAGACCACGCACGAAGCAGCUGCCAUCGAUGAGGACGUGCUGCGCUACCAGUUUGUGAAGAAGAAGGGCUACGUGCGGCUGCACACCAACAAGGGCGACCUCAACCUGGAGCUGCACUGCGACAUGACGCCAAAGACCUGUGAAAACUUCAUCAAGCUCUGCAAGAAGCAGUAUUACGACGGCACUAUCUUCCACAGAUCCAUCAGGAACUUUGUGAUCCAGGGGGGGGACCCCACCGGCACAGGCACAGGCGGGGAGUCGUACUGGGGAAAGCCCUUCAAAGACGAGUUCCGGCCCAACCUCUCGCACACGGGCCGAGGCAUCCUCAGCAUGGCCAACUCGGGGCCCAACACCAACAAGUCUCAGUUCUUUAUCACCUUCCGCUCCUGCGCGUACCUCGACAAGAAGCACACCAUCUUCGGGCGGGUUGUUGGGGGCUUUGACACACUGACAGCCAUGGAGAACGUGGAGAGUGAUCCCAAAACUGACCGCCCUAAGGAGGAGAUCCGCAUCGACUCCACCACGGUGUUUGUGGACCCCUAUGAGGAGGCCGACGCCCAGAUCGCCGAGGAGCGGAAGAAGACGCAGCUCGAGGCGGUGGCCCCAGAAAGCACAGUAAAAACACAGCAGCCCAAGCCGGGGAGCCAGGGCCCACAGACGUACCGCCAGGGGGUGGGCAAGUACAUCAGCCCAGCAGCCACGAAACGGGCAGCAGAGGAAGAGCCCUCAACCAGCACAGCUGCUCCUGUGGCCAAGAAAAAGCCCAGCCGAGGCUUUGGGGACUUCAGCUCAUGGUAGCAACGGGUCUGCCCCUCUGGAGUCUCCGAGGGACUCAGGGUGGGGUCCUGUGUCCACACCAUGGAGUUCUCUGUCCUCCCGACUACAGCUCACUAAAGCUCUUGCUUGUUGCCCCGAGUCCCCUUUCCUGGCCUUCGGAGUCCAU